AUGUACUGGAGGGAUAUGGGAGCAGUCAAGAAGUUUAAUGAAGGUUCUCCUCUUAUCACGACCUUUCGGAAAUUGGCGGAGCUGACUAACAAGCCCAUUACCGCUUUGGCCAAGAAGAAGAAGGUUGCUACCAUGGCAAACAUUUUGGCUUGGAGGAAGGCGGCACAAGAGGCUAAGGACGAAUCAACAGCUUCGACUGAUCACCGCAAAGGAGCCAACCCAUAUCAAUCCUGUUGGGGUGACGAUUGGGAGGAGAGGCUAGAAGGUUCCUCUGGGAUGUCGAAGUAUGUUUCUGUCACUACGAUGGUGGAGCACAUCUUUGAGGAAAUGAAGGAGCAUAUGCAGGCGAUCCACGGAGAAGACUGUGACGAUUGGUGA